UAACCAAAUGAGAUAAUGAUGGCCGAUUCAAAAAAUCGAAUCGAAGUACAGAUCGAAGUGAUGAUGAGCGAUGAAGAAGAAGAAGAAGCGACAACAACAGAGGAUCAUAUUUCAAUUCCAUCCGAAUAUUUUCUUCCAACACCAUCAUCAUCAUCAACAUCAACAUUAUCAUCGAAUAAUGGUGAUUUAAAACAAAUAGUCAAGUCAUCCACAUUAAAUUCAUUGAAAAAUAAUGAAAAUAAAAUUACGGUAACGAAUAAUAAUGAUGCUGCUGGUGGUGACGGUGGUAAUGAAACUGCUGAACAAAUUAUAGUCAAUGAAAGCCGUCAAUGUUGGGUUUGUCUUGCUUCCGAUGACGACGAUGAUGAUGAUGAAGAAGAUAAUGAUAAAAAAUCAGAUACCGAAUGGAUUCAUCCAUGUCGUUGUAAUGGUUCAGCCAAAUGGGUUCACCAGAAUUGCCUUCAACAAUGGAUCGAUGAAAAACAAAAAUAUAAUUCAUCAUUGAAUGUUUCCUGUACACAAUGCAAUACAGAAUAUCUAAUUGUUUUUCCACAACAUGGAAAAAUAUUCUAUACAAUCGAAUUAUGUGAUCGAAUUCUAUAUUCAGCAUCUCCAUUGGCUGCAAUUACCUGUAUAGUAGGAUCAAUUUAUUGGAGUGCCGUUUGUUAUGGUGCUUUUACUAUUAUGCAAGUUUUAGGAAAAGAAAAUGGUAAAAUUGUAAUCGAACAAUCAGAUCCAUUAGUUUUAUUGGUAGGAUUACCAUCCAUUCCAGUUGCAUUAAUACUAUCGAAAUUAAUUCGUUGGGAAGAUCAAAUAUUAAAACUAUGGAUACAGAAUAAAUGUCGUCUACCAUUAUUUGGUUAUGUUAUGGGAAAACCGGCGGCCGAAAAAUCACGUGAAUAUGCUGAACAAACAAUAUUUGCACGUGAUUCAAUGUCGGAUCCGAUUUCGAUUUGUCGUAAUUUUUGUGGUGCAUUAAUAUUACCAACAGCUGCAACAUUUUUCGGUGGCAUUUUUUUCGAUAAUAUCAAAUCAAAUUUUAGUCGUGCCAUACUGGGUGGAUUAACAUUUGUUUUGGCCAAAGGUUUUAUUAAAAUUCUACUAAGACAAAAUCAAUACAUACGGCAGACACAUAGAAAAAUCUUAAAUUUUGAUGAUAAAUCUGAAACCGAAUCAUAAUCUAUAUAUUUUUUUGUGAAAAAAUUUGAAUUUGAAAUUAAAAAAAUCAUGCUAUUU